UCAAAGUCAACAACAGUUGCAGCCGUGCUACAUGUACGAAUUGCAAGACAAGCUUGCGAAGCUUCGAAUCGAUCCCCUAUUGAACAUCAGCUCAAGAAAUCGAGGUUAUCACAACAAUGUUUUUUUAAUGACAUACUCCGAAGAGAAUGAGAACGACAAUAAUUAUAACGAGUAUCGGUUAUCACCACCUUUUCCAUUCCGAUACGAAAGUCCGAUAUGCUCCAGUUCUCUAAGUAUCACAGAUGUUACGUACGGCUCUAGCAAUAACAAUGAAAUCAUUAGUAACUAUGAUGAACAGAAUUACGAUGAUGAGGAAGAUGAGAGCCCAAAGAAAGGGCUCUUGAAGCAAAUGUUUUGCCUUCCAUUAAAUUAAGCUAAUUAAGGGCUUGUUUAAUAUUACAACAUUGCCUCUAAUCAAUAGUUAAUAUAAAUUUUGUAGGUUGCAAGAGAUUUGAAAUCUAUAACGAAGUUAAAGUUUACAGAAUCCUUGUAUUAAGUAUUGGAAAAUGAAAAGUAUUUAAUUUGCGCUAUAAUAAUUAUAUAUGAUCGUGUUGAUUCUUCUUUCACAUGGUGCUGCAACUUAAACGUAUUAAUGGGUAUUAUUUUCAGCUAUUUUUAGAAAGAAAAAUGAAUUCAAACGGAAAAUGUACCUGACUGCUUCGAUUAAUCUCUUAGAUAAAUAUGCCAUUCCGUUGUGCAGUCGUUCUAUUAAUAUUUAAUGAGCAUUGUACGAUCUAUAUCGCUUGCAUGAACGUAUUCACUAAAAAAAAGUAAUAGCAACAAACUAUUUCUAACAAACUAACACCUAUUUAAGAAAACUGCUGUAUAUUAUAGAUUAAUUACGUUUGAAGAGAAAAUAUAGCGAACGUAAGUAUAACAUUUCUAAAGAAACUAAUUUUUUUUUUCUAUAUUUUCCUUUUUUUUAUACAUAUAUAUAUGAACAGUUUGGAGCUAUGAUAUAUAUACUAGUAUACACUUUUAAAAGACAAAUGUUGAUCAUGAUGUAUAUUAAAAAGAAGUCUUAAUCACAUCACAAUAUUGCAUUAUAGAUUUUGUCGAAUAUUUUUGUUCGUCAGUUAUAUGCUUCAAGGACGUGAAAGUUAUAGAGUAAAUGAUUUUGGUAUACAGCUUCUCUUAUAAAUGAAUUUACAUUUAAUCUUUAGCAGCAAGUGUUAAAUUUGGUAGAAUAUAUAUACAUAUAUAUAUAAGAAAGAAAGAGAUUUAGAAAUGACAAAACUUUAUGAAGUUAAUCUAUCAAGAAUUUUAUAUCUUAAAGGCUAAAAUUGCACAAAAUGAUAAAUGAUAAUAUUCCAUAUUACGUAGUCUAAUUUUAUUAGGAUUAAUAACUAUUUCCAUAUUCUUAAUACGAGUUAUAGGUGAUUAAUUGAUUUUUAUAUUCCAGUUCUAUUACAGUGACAAAAGUCUUCCACCACUAUAUCUUUUUGCAUCUAUUGCCAGGUAUUCAUCAUUUCAGUUAUGCAAGAUUCUUACUCAUUUUAACUAAUGAAUUAUUUAAAACAUUUGAUUUUGUGCAAUUUUACAAUGCUCUAUCACGUGUCGUGUAAAUUGUUUCUUAAUCUGUAUAUUGUACCAAAAUUGUUUACUACUAACAGUUGUUUGUUCCUGUGAUUAUUAUAAAUAUAGAAAAGACGUUGAAAAUCUUAAUAAAAAGAAAAAAAAAUAGAGAAUUAUGAAGAUUUGACAUAAAAUUAGGAAUGUAGAAUAAGGAUACACACGAAGAUAAAAUUGCCAAAACAUAUUAUAUAAAAGGAAAUUUUAUACAGAAUUAGUGACUUGCUUUGAAUUGUUAUUUACCAGAUAUGUACAUUAUACUAUGCAGAGUGAGACAGAUUGAGUUUUGCAAAAUUAAAUUAUGAUUUUUUAAUUGAAUUGAAGGACUCAGAAUAAACGUUUCGCGUCCAACACUGAAAAAA